ACAUCCGCUAUUGAGAGAUGGACCUACCUACCUAGGUAAUAGUCAUUAAACUCCAUGGGGUUACAUUAGGAGUAACGCCUCAUCGUUCCGCUAUAUGGAUGUGAACGAUCCAGAAAAGAGUCAAGAAGCAUACCUACCUAGGUACCUAGGUCUUAGGCACAUAAAAUCUGCCAUUCUCAUACUCACAUCCCUAGAACUUCCAGGCAAAUACAGGUAGAUGGCUAAACAACCCAUCAAUUCUAUCAUCGCCAUCAAAUUACUCCUUACUUAAUAUCGUCUCUAGCCAGACAAGAUGCUGUCCCCGGUCAUUACUACCCUUACUGUCCUUGCUGGACACACACUCGCUGCUCCUUCGCCGUUAUCCGCCCGAGUCGGGCAGGCGGCAGCGCAGGCGUUUACGACAACUUCAGACCUCAAAAAUAAACUUAGCGCCGUCGACCCUCCGUUGCCUGGCAUCGGUAACCCGGGAGGCGCAUCAACGUGGAGCUUAAGCAUCGAUGACACAGAAGCCGGAUAUAAACAAAAAAUCAGCGGAUUCGGUGGCUCGGUAACAGAUGCAACAGUCACCGUUUUGAAUGCACUUUCUUCAGACCUACGGUCUCAGCUACUGAAAGAAUUGUUGACUUCCGAUGGAGCCAACCUUAGCUUGUUGCGACAUACAAUUGCAGCGUCAGACUUGUCCGGUCCCCCCGCUUACACAUAUGACGAUAAUAGCAAUAGCGCGGAUCCUAGUCUAAGCAGCUUCUACUUGGGAGACCGUGGGACGGCUAUGGCAAAUUUGCUGAAAGAAAUAAAAGAAAUCCGCUCUGAUGUCACCAUCUUCGGAAGUCCGUGGAGUGCGCCAGGCUGGAUGAAGCUGAACAGGGCACUCACCGGAAACGCCAACAAUAACUCGCUAGAUUCUCAAUACUAUAGCCAAUAUGCCCAAUACUUUAUAAAGUAUCUCCAGGCCUAUGCCGGGCUUGGUGUCACCGUCGAUGCGAUCACCAUUCAGAACGAGCCACUCAACAGUCAAGGGAACGGACAUAUAACCAUGUUGCAGAAAGCCGACGAGGCUGCAAGGGUGACACGCGAUUACAUCGGGCCAGCUCUACGUGGCGCCGGCUUGAAUACACAGAUUUGGGCAUACGAUCACAAUACGGACACGCCUAGCUACCCACAGACGGUUAUCGACGUAGCAAGCGAGUAUGUUCAGGCUACUGCGUGGCACUGCUAUGCUAGCAAUCUCGAUUGGACUGUCCUUACCGAUUUUCAUAACGCAAAUCCCAGAAAAUCGCAGUAUAUGACCGAAUGCUGGACCUCGCCUCGGACAUCGUGGUAUCAGUCUUCUAAGAAUACUGUUGGCCCGCUGCAAAACUGGGCCGAAGGCUCUCUGAUGUGGACUCUAGGCACAUGGACCGAAGCCUCGGACGGCACCUUUGGUCCUUACAUACCUGGCGGUUGUUCAACAUGCCGCGGCCUGUUCGUGGUGGACGAAGCUGCAAAGAGCUAUGAGUACACUGUCGACUACUACAUCUUAGCCCAGUUCUCUAAAUAUAUUCCCACGGGCGCAACCAUCCUAAGCGGUUCUGGUAGUUAUAGCUAUGACGGGUACUCGGGCAUCCAGUCCGUCGCCUCGAUGAAUCCAGACGGCACGCGGACGGUCGUCGUUGAGAAUACCUUCGCCAGCGAUGUUUAUCUUACGCUGAAUACCACCAGUGGCGAGCAAUGGAGUGGUAGCCUGCUUGGCAAUAGUGUCACGACUUGGAUUCUACCGUGAUUUAUGUGCUGUGGUACGUAGGUAUCUACACGUCCUCUUGUGGCCACCCUCAAAUUAUUUCCAAUCAGCCCAUCGGCAAAGCGUUACGUGGAUCCCGGAACAAGCCGCUGGCUUAACCAUACUCUAGAUCGAAGAGCUUGGGUUUGCAUGUGGGCGAGUACGUGUGGAUUCCCAUUUGUUUCAGCAAGUACAGGAGUACGAAGGUCGCUGGCAACGACGGCAAGU